GAGAGAGAGAGAGAGAGAGAAUGAGAGGGAUACUCAGUGUUACUUGUGAAGCAUGACAGGGUUACAAGUUAUCUAGCCUCACUGGUCUUUCUCGUUGAUCUGGGUGUGUCGAGUUUGUGGAACGCCAUUCACUGCCUACUGACACCCAGAGAUGACAUAACAUGAAGGAUCAUACCAGGGGAGGAAUGACAGAACUCCAGAAAGAGACAUACGUAGCCUUCCUGAAGAGAGAUAGAGAGAUACAAGGGUGAGAAAGAUAUAGAGCGUGUAUAGUGAGAUAGAGGGAGAAAGAGAGAGAGGGAGAAGGAGAGAGAGACAGAGAGUUUCGGCAGUAGCAAUAGGUGAUACAGGGGCAGUUGUGCUGUUUUGGUCACAGGCAGCACACAGAGGGGAACAGUCAUCACAAAGAAGAGUGCAGUCGUGACGCUGAAACCUUUUCAAAACCUGUAAGUGAACGAAAGAGAAAAAAGGUCAAAGAAUUUUAACGGACAGAAGGGAUUUGGAGUUGAAGAGAGUAAAAGGCAUACAUUGUCAAGCAGAAAGUGCUUCGGAAGCCUGAACAUGGAAAAAGACUGGAAUGUGAAAGAAGAGAUUCACCGGAACUUGCUUCCCAAGUGAGACAGAGGACACAGACAAACACAAGGAUUGGCCACCUCACUAGGAUCUGAUGUGAGAGAGGGGACCACUUCCAGGAAUGUCUCAACCCCGCUCGCCCCAGGACACCCAGGUCCUGCUCCAGUCCAUGCUCCAGAGGCUGAAGCUCCAGCCGGGCACCAACACCCAGCGACGGCAGAGCCCCCUCAGCCCCACCUCAGACACCCAGGACCCGGGCCAGGAUGGAGAGAGGUCCCCCUCUCUCUGGACAAGACGAGCAGGAAACAUCGGCAGCAACGGGGACGUGGGUCUGUCUCCCGUUGAUGAUGUCAGCCGGGCUAAGGGUGCAGGGAGACAGGGUAGGGCCAGCAGGCACACGUUAGGGAAAUGGGACUCCAGGGAUGAGUUUGCGAUUCCAGACUUUGAAUCUAAGGUGACUGGCUUUAAGGACGCUCCAAGACGGUGGCAGGCCCACGCUAUGCCUAGCAGGGACGUUGACCGGGUGUCCCAGCCUCUUUCCGUGUCUCAGGGUGUCUCCCCCCCAAGUCAUGUGAUGGGGAGCCGAGGGUCGGAACAGCCUCUGUCACCUGUCGUUGCCCCUCCAAGUAGGGAAUGUUUGGCGGGUGGCACAAACGAACACCCGACACAGACUUCCACUGGGGGAGACGUCACUCCCUGUAGGAAGCAGGAAGAGGAAGUUCCUCAGCUGAAGAGCAGGAAGCUGAAGUUUCCUUUCAGGGGGCGUGGCUCUGAUAAGCGACUGUCACGGGCAGGGGUACGAGGUGGGUCAGGGAAGGAAGCGAGAGGGGGAGAGGACAAGGGAAAGGGGGAGAGUGAGGUAGGGGCAGGGGGUGAGGAGAGGAGAGAGUUGGCUGUUGGAGACCAGACCACGGGUCAGGAGGGGCUGUCAGAGCAUGCUGGAGUUCUGAAUGAUGGCCCCGAUGCUGGGGAAGUGCCAUAUGCACAUUUGACCUCACCGCCUUUCAAUAAGGACAGCUGUGCUGUGGUUGCUGCAGGCACUGAGAGCUCUAGAACUUCCUCCCUGAACCAGUCAGAGUCUGGCUUCACCCCAAGGGUCUAUAUGUGGUCUUUGGGAAUCGCCAACCCUGGUCUGGACACAGGGAGUCCGGUGAAGAGUGGGGCUAUCGGGAACGGGGGGUUGAAUGACGUCAUGGGUGUGUUUUCGGCCAAUCAGGGCACAGCAGACAGCUCCUUGGUAGCGGCCAAGAAGAAAAAAAGGUUGUCAGAGAGAUCGACGAAGAGAUGGACUCUAAACAUCAUGGAUCGAUGGAGAGAGAGCCGUGGGAGUUUGGGAAAGAGGGAAAAAAAAGACAAUGGAAUAACAGAAGGAAAAAUAAAUUUUUCAACUCAAAACCAGCGAUUGGUUGCAGAGGCUGACAUCACAGAAUUGUCCAAUGAUAAGGGAGCUCAGACAUCCCAGGGGCCUAUCAGAGAGGUCCAAGGUGAAGCUCCACCUACUGGUUCAGAGAGAGGGAUCACAGAGGGUCACGUAAGACGCUCCAGUGAUUUUGACUUUGGCCUGGGCUCAUUCAGCCUGCUGGAUGAGAUCCUCACAGGACAGGAGUGGGCCCAGUUCCUCAGUCCCACCCAGACAGAUGUCCCAACCUAUCAAAGACUCAGUAAAUCGGAAUCUCACCGACUAGGGACCAACCAGACCCUUCAAAGCCAGGAUACUGACCAAUCAAGUUUGAACCUGAACAGAGAGAGCAGACCAGGAACUGCAAACACCCAGUGGAACUUGGGGCCGAUGGACCAGGUUCCCAACAGAGACACAGCACACAUGUCGACUGAUGUCAGUAUGGACAUUUCAGAACCAAGCCGAAUCUUUAAACAGUACGGUGAAGUUGAAGUCAUCCAAUCAGAACCAAUGGAACACAGUGAUGUCCAAUCGCACCUCAGCUGUGACGAGAUGAGAACCAAUCCAGUCCUUCAGAUGGACUUGUUCGUUAACAAGCCAGAGGGCAGUCUACACAACUCUGCACAGAGGAACCAAAUCCCCCCGAACAGGAAGAGAGUGUACCAUUCGCAGGUUAGGGAGGCCGAGAGGGAAGGAAAGAAGGAGGAACAGCGAGACAGAGGGAGAGAGGACAGGAACGGAGAGAGCCUGAAAGAGGGCACGACAAGCCAAGCUCAGCAGGAAGAAGGAUCGCAGGACGACCAAAGUGUCAUCAUGCCUCUUUAUCCCCUGCGCUCGCCUCCUGCCUCUCUCUCUCCUUCCUCCCCCUCUCCUGCUCCGCGGUACCGCGGCAUACUGAAGCACUCGGUGUCUCGCGACUCCAUGGAAACGGUGACCAAAAAGAGACGUUUAGACAAUAUAGUUUGCGUGAGGUUCGCAGAAGAGGUGGUCGCCAUUGAACCCAGAGAACUCGUUCUGGAAGACAACGACACGGAUGAGGAAGAAGAGAGCACCUGGACAGAGGAUGAGGAGUCAGAUGAUGAAGAAGAGGAGGAUUCUGGGAUGCAACAGGAAGUUGUGCCUGUGCCUGUGCCCGUGUCCCGGCCCUCUCUGCCAGCCUGGGUGUCAGCUCUGAAAAUGAAAAAGUCUGGAAGAAAACCUAAACAAUGACUUGCACCGCAUUUCCACACACACACACACGCACAGACAAACACGCUUGUCUUUUACAACUAUUUUAUACAAAAUCCGCAGCUUGUCCCUUUGUACCAGUUAACUGCACUGAAAAAAUGAUGUCCAGACAACUAUGACAAUAAAGUAUCAAAACUCAUUGGCCUUAUCUAU